GAAUGUUCACUUCCACCAUUUCGGCUCUCCUCCAGGAGUGCGUCUCCGCAGCGCGUCUCUGCUGCGGCCGCUCUCGGUAAACAGCGCCUUCUGGGUUUGGACGCACUACCUCUCCCGAAAUACACGUCAACCACUGCAGCAGCAGUGCUGCACGGAGACAGCAGCAGGCCUACAAGGAGCCAUGGGGAAGCUUGUCAGCCACAGACUGCUCAUUCUUAAUGAUCUCCUUGGCUGCUGAUGAGACCCGACACGACCUGCUCAAAAUGCGCCAGUUAUAAGGACGGAUUAACGGUCGUGCAUACACAGAGCAAGUCCCGUUGAAAGCAAAGACAGCUGAUUAAAACAGAGUUGCUUAUCGGUGGUUGUCAGUAGUUUAAAGGACGUGUGUGGCUUUUUACGUAACCGUUUCAUGCGUAAUUUUGCACCGGGUAUUGGAUGCCGCGUGGACCAGUAUUAUUUUGGCGAGGGUGUCUCUACUGCUCACCCUCUUCCCUGCAUCCCUUGUUGUCCUCAACAGCAGACACGGAUUCAUUCAGACGGGGGCUAUCUGUAUGCAGCAACAUUUUAAACAGACCAGGACCUGUUUUAAUGAAAGCCAACAUCGCCGCAUCCCGGUUGAAGGAAUCAGGAAUGCCUGCGAAUGCUCCAGCUGCUCUCCCAUGCUGUUCUCUGAGAAUGGGAUCAUAGUAAACCUCUCUGGGAUUUAGAUCAACUGCUAGCAUGUUGCAGCCUUCCACCAGAACAGGUGACAGCCUGUUGGAAACAUUACCUCAAUGGAGUAAGCGUCCGAGAUGGGGCCUCUCCCUCACCCUCUGCGUGGCUCUCCUCUGGCUUCCAGGGGCAACGGGGUCUACCCUAAACUGCCUUAAGACGUGCAUCUGCGCGUCAAACAUAGUGAGCUGCUCCAAGAUGAAUCUGACCACCGUCCCGACAGGUCUACCACUCUACACUGCCGUGCUGGAUCUCAGCUAUAAUGAGAUAACACGGCUGCGAUCCGAGUGGACCCCAGUCAAGCUCCUGAAGCUCCAUAACCUCCUCCUCAGUCAUAAUGGUCUCCACUUCCUGUCUUCAGAGGCCUUCAUAUAUGUGAAGCACCUGCGCUACUUGGAUCUGUCAUCCAACAACCUGCGGCUGCUGGAUGAGUUCAUCUUUGAGCCUUUGGUCAACCUGGAGGUCCUCUUGCUCUACAAUAACCUAAUUUCCCAGAUUGACCGCUCAGCCUUUGUUGGCAUGAGCAGCCUUCAGAAGCUCUACCUUAGCCAGAACCAAAUCUCCCGCUUCCCUGUGGAGCUGGUCAAGGAAAAGUCCCACCUGGAGAAAAUUAGCCUCCUGGAUGUGUCCUCUAACAAGAUCAAGACGUUACCCCUUGAUGAGCUCCAGGGGCUGCCUGCUUGGAUUAAAAAUGGCCUCUACUUCCACAAUAACCCUCUGCUGUGUCACUGUGAUCUCUACACACUCCUAGCACACUGGUACAUUCGAAAGCUCAACUCUGCUGUGGACUUCAAAGAUGACUACACAUGUAUUCUGCCUGGUCCACAAAAAACCCAAGUAGGUAUUUUUGAUCUCAGCGGUAACUAUAUGAACUGCAGCACAUUUAAGGAGGCAGAUGAAGAGGCUUUUCUGGAGCAAACGGUGAUCCUCGGCUGUGACACCAAACACAGGGAAAUGUUAAAGACCUGGAUGAUGCCUGGUAAUGUGGUGGUGACACCUGGAAGUAACCACACAGCCAAAGUCUUGCCAGAUGGAAGUCUGCAGAUUCAUCCAGUGAGACCUGAGGACUCUGGGACCUACACUUGCUUUGCGACGAGCGAGGCCUUCAAUGAGACAAUCUAUGUGGUGCUGAAGGUUCACAAUUUCACCAUGAACGGGGGCGGGGACACCCUGAACACAGCGUACACCACCUUGGUGGGCUGUCUGGCCAGUGUGGUGCUGGUGCUCAUGUACCUUUACCUAACGCCGUGCCGCUGCUUCUGCUGCCCCAAUAAGGGAAAGGCUCGGGGUGAGGACAGCAUCCACUCAUCCAUGCUCAGUGUGACACCUACCCAUGAGGACCCAGCUCUCAAGGCCGAGCUGAACAGGCACGUGGCGUUCAUAGACUCCAAGGACUUGCAAGGCCAGAACGGCAAGCUGAACCCCAAUGGGGAUGAAGACGAUGAUGAUCUGGAUGCAGAGGCUGGUUCUCUUAUGAAGGGGAAGAGGAAGAAGUCAGUAGCAGAGUCCAUCAGCUCCGUCUUCUCAGACACUCCCAUGGUGGUCUGAGAUGAAACGAUGGAUGCCACAUGACUGGAUGUAUACGGUACAACGUGAGCCAUGUGUGAGUUAAUGUAAUCUGUGACCGACCUUGUGGUAGGAAAUGGAGGAAGGAUGCUCAACUGUGGUUGCUGGCAAGUGGAAAUAAGGAUCUCAAAGGGAGUAAAAAAAAACUGACUUGUUGUCGACAAGGACAAUAAGCAGGACUUUUCCAGCAUUUUAAUCUGUAGCACUUAAUAUUCAUACUGUGAAGGAAUGGCAGUGUACAUGGACAGUGAAAACUACUGAAGUCUUAUGAGAGCAAAACGCAGACGAUAUAUUGUUAAUAUCAGCACUCAGGAAGUGAUCAAUUAAACAGCUAAAGUAUGACAAAUACAUAUGAAACAGUGCACGGGAUGAAGAUUUGAAAACUUGCAUAUUGAAACCAUGUCUGGCUCAUAAUUAUAUUUAUUACAAGGACUAGAAUAGAUUGCAUCUUACGUAAACAUUAGAGAAAAGAUACAUUUACCCCACCUCUAUCAACACUGGGACAUAGAUUUAGAUAGACAGACUGCCGUCACCAGGCUAUGAAUACAUCUGUCAUUAGCUUUGAGUCAUCCAUAGAGAAACAGCAUGCCAUUAUAUGAGGUCCCAGACUGAUCUGUAUGAGUGGGAUAAAGGAAAUGUGGAUUCAUCAGACAUUUAGUCAUUUACAUUGAGAAAGCGGUAGCACAAACAAUAUAUUAAGAGGCCAUUGCAGGUCAUUCCCAUCCUACUUCAUAGCCAAUACUUAGUUGCACUCAGAUAUAGUUCAUCAUAACAAUUGUUAUUCGUAUUCAUAGUCAUAUGUGUAGCGAUAUAGGAGAUUGCUAUUUUUUCCUUUGCUAUGUUAAGGGAUCAAUUUACACAGAGGCAUGGUAUAAAAUAGUUAAACAGCUUGAGGCAGAUCAUUGUUUAUAAAUUAACUGUAUAUCAAAACAGUUACUUCUUAGUUAUUGCACAUCUACAGAAUAAACCAAAAGAUACAUUUGAAACCUUACACAGUUAACAAUAUGGAGCGCCUCCAGCAGAUACACGUAAGGUACAGGGAAGUAUUUUGUCUUAACUGUUCAUCAACAUAUUGUUUCAAUUCCGUAUACAGGCAGGUACCAUGGUCCUUACAAGGACAAAUAGGCUUCUGUUAGUUGUCCACUGAGGUGAAACUCACUGCAGAGUUUGACUCCUCCUCUUAGCCAAGUUAUAGCAUUUGUUACACUAGCACACUAGAAGUUAAAUACCAAGUCAAUGUGAAAGCUGCGAGCUUGAGUUUAAUUUAGUCUUUCCUGAGUCGUAGAUUUAAGUAUUUAAUAUUGAAUUUUGCUCAGAUCGACAAUUGCCAGUUUCACCCUGAAAUAAAAUGUAGCUGCCCUGUGGUAGGUAGAAAAAGCUGUAUGUUGUUAUUAGUGGGUAAACAUUAGAGUCUGCCACAUAACAAAACCUACAGGGUUCUUCCAGAAGAUGAAGCUUAUGAAUAAUUAUGUAUAAUAAAAUAAUAAUGAGGCUGCGCAUUAUCUGACAGGAGCGAGCUGAUUUUAGAGUUUGUAGCUACUGACAGGAAACCUCUAGUAAAACCCUCAGAAGAUCCUUUUUAUGAGUAUAACUGAAUCUGUUGUGAAUUGAAUUUACCAAGCGAGACACCUCGUGUGCUGUGCAUAUUUCCUUAACAAGGUUUAAAACAGGAGACUGUGUCUUGGCAUAAACAAGAAUGAGUGAUUUCAUUAAACUUUGCGGCGUUUGUGUCAUAUGAAACUGGGCUAGCCUGGUGUAAAUGCUAAUUGCAUCUUUUGAUGGAAUGCGGCUUCUCUCUGCUUUCGAUGCCUUUGUCUCUCUGAGCAGGAGGGGAAUAGGUGUGUUAUCAUGAGUCACAGCAGCACAACACCAUUCUCUCUGGCUCCCUGUACACCGACAGCCUCAGUUCAGCCCAGAUGCGUUUGCUUUGUUUGUGUACCUCUGUCAUUAAGAGGCUGCCCUUACGUAAGUUCAAAAGCAAUCAUUUAGCCAGGCAAUGAAUGUGAUGCCCUUUAAGUAGUCUGUAAUUUGUUUAUGAGGGAAAUGCCUUGAGCUUUCAUUGAACAUUUGCUCUCCCACUGAGACAUAUGAAUGGAAAGUAUAAUGUUAGAAAUUUACCCUUAGUGCUUUAUAGUUUUCUGGUUCAUCCAAUCUCACAGUACAAGGCAUAGUUAUGUAAAAUCGCAUACAUCUUGCAAUUAAAUGUCGGCAUAGCUCUCAAAUGUUAAGAUGUACACAUUUCUGGGAGCAAGAAGUUUUUACGCAAAAUUGAUGUUAUAUUCACAGUUGCAGUGUGCACCGCAGCAUCUCCUGUGUGGGUGAGAAAAGGAAGUCACACUUAUCAGAGAGGUGGUGUGUGAAUCAUUCCAUUCCUCACACAUAGGAAUACCAGGUGGAGAAAUAGAGAGCAGCAAAAAUACCACAAGACGCACUUAAAUAAAGCCACAUUUACCACUACUGCUGACUGGCUGCAGUUGGCGAAAAAUCUGUCCAAUUUUAGGGAUUAGGCUCUAUGUUUUCCCCUUCUAGAGGACCUGGACACUUAAGGAAUCCUGAGAAGCUACUAAAUGCCAGUCACACAAUCUGAAAUGGCUAACUAAAAUACACAGAUAUAAUGGCUGUUGAAUAUCAUACAUUGAACUGCCAGCCCAUCAAGGAAUAGCACGUGUUUGCCCAGCAGUAAAAUCAAGUUAAAUUUGCCAUGGCUAAUGGGUGGUCUACUUCUCUGAAUUGUCGCUCAAAAUACAAGUUGCAGUUCUGUACUGUGAAAAUCUAAGUGCUAUUGUGAAGGUCCUAGAAGAGUGGCUUUGUUCUCUCCAAAGCAAAUCUGCCUUCCUAUAUAUAUCUAUAUAUACAAUAUAUAUAUGUAUUAAGACUCACUUUAUGUGUUCAGUAUUGAUUAGUUGUGUACUGCUAUGUUCUACCAGUGUACUGACUUUAUUCUUGUAUAAUCUGAUGUUGUUGAUCAUUUUGCAUUUCGUCUGCUGCUGUGCUACUGUUAGUUCUUUCAACAUUCAAGUCUUGACAUAAAUGUUUAUUUUUUAAGCAGGCGGGGUUUAGUUUUUUAUUGAAAUAAGAUGUAUUUUACAUUUUACACUGCUGACAAAUAUGGUUAAACAAAAAAAAACAAAAACAUACUGAGCAUGUAUUAGAAACUACACAGGAAGAGUGCCGGUUUGAAAUCAUCAAACAUGAUACAUCCUAAUGGGCAGUGAGUAUGUAGCCGCCAGUUAUUUUCAAUCAGUAUUUGACUUUUCCCUGAAAGCCAUAAAGAAUUCAAGGAGAAAAAACUGCGAUUUAUCAGAUGGUGGCUACGUCAGGGGAUGUAGGGACUUGUAGGUAGGUAGGUUAGUUCUCCAACAGAUAUUUUAAGACAAUUAAAGCAACAACUUUUCUGUCUAAGGUCAAAGAAUAUUUUUUAUAAAAGCAACGGAUGUAGGAAAAUCAAGAGAUCUCUUCACACAAUGGGAUUUGAAGACGGGAUAAAUAAAUCUUCUCAGGACUAUGUCAGUUUUAUCUUCUGAUGUAAUACGAUGUGAAAAUUCCAUUUUAAAGGUUUUCACAUUUGCAGCAUCAUUAAGACAAAAUCUUUGGUUUGAGAUUUGUGCAGCUCACAUGCCAUUUGCUAUUUCCUAUAAUUGCACAUUAACGGUUCCCUAAAUGAUUAUUUCUCACAGAUUAGGAAAGUAAGUGGUCUCAUUGCCCGACACACACAUCUAUCUCCAUUCAUCUGACUAUGUAGUAGCAAUUUCGGAAAAAACCUUGAGGUGGUGGGGUUAAAAGCUCACUGAUUUAACAGUGUGCUACUAAGUGUCCACAGCACAAGAACUGAGCUUUUAAGCAUUAAAAGCACUGAGUUUAUUGACCACUACUUCAAAGAUAAGCUGGUUGGUCACUGCCAUUAAACCUGAAAGGUCUCACAGCUUAAGUGGAAUGGCUUUGCAUGGUAUUCUUAAGAGCUUCUCUGACUGCAGGAUAGGUGCAACCUAGUAGGCAUUAAAGAUUAAGAAUCCUGAUCAUUUGACUUAAUAAACAAUGAAGAUUUA